UUUACAUUCUCACAAGAUGCAUUUAGGAACAUCAGAUCACUAAAAAAAAUAAAUUUGGCCUUUAGUAAUAUUAGCACUUUCCCUAGAAACCUUUCAAGUUCUCUAGAAGACCUCAACUUGUCUGAAAACAGUAUUUGGAAAGUGGACAGAGAGGACUUGUGCCCUUUAAGCAAUCUUCAGAAGCUCAACAUGCAGUGGAACUGUCAACGGUGUGACCACUCUGUCCAACCUUGCUUCCCCUGUAAAAAUAACAGUGCCUUGAAUUUGGUCUCCGGGGCUUUUGAUUGUCUCCGUAAUCUUACAUUCUUAAAUCUCAGGGGCAACUCACUGCACACUUUGGAUGGUUCCCUAUUUAAAAAUCUGAAAAAACUAACUACUUUGGAUUUGUCUGACAACUUCCUAAACUUUGAGACAGAAACAUAUUUCUCAGAAUUAUCAAACCUAAAGUCGUUGUAUUUAGAUUUUAAUUUUCAACCCUAUUCAAUGUAUGAGAGGCUUGUCUUCCACCCUAGUGUAGGCAAAAUGAGUUCUCUGCGUAGGCUUUCUGUGGUAGGAUACUUUUUCAACAUUUUGGAUAAAGAAGGUAUCAAACCACUUCUAAAUCUUUCUAACCUCUUGGAAAUCACUCUAAGAACUAAUUUUAUACUUCAAGCCAACUUCAGUAUAUUUUUGGAAAAUAAGAAUCUAAAUUUUGUUAGUUUCUCAGAAAACCUAAUAACUUUUGAAAUGCCCUGUGGACAACGAGAGCAUAGGACAGAAAUAGAUCCACCACUUUUGUUCCGAGAAGAGAAAAUGUGGACUGAGCCUAUGAAUGUCAGUAACAAGGAGUUACCGAGAGAAACAGAAAUGGAGUACAGAGAAUGCUGGCAAUAUAACCGAUCAAUUGAUAUUUCAUUUAACAACAUAGGAGUUCUUCAUCCUGAUGACUUUGUGGGAAUGGAAGAUGUAGAAUGCCUGAAUAUGAGUUUCAACUAUAUCAACCAACGCCUAAACGGAAGUCAGUUUAAUCACUUAAAAUCACUACGGCAUUUGGAUCUUUCACACAAUAGAUUUGAUUUAUAUUAUUAUAUGGCUUUAAAUGAACUCCCACAAUUGAAAAUCCUAAACCUGGCACAUAAUGACUAUCAGUUCAUGAUGAGAGGAGUGAACCACAGGCUGGAAUUCCUUGAAAAUCUCACCUCUUUGACUGAAUUAAACCUCAAUAACAAUCUUAUUGGCUUGCGUAUAUCACGAGAGUUACGGAACCCUUCUUUAAAAAAGCUUCUGUUCAGAAACAACGAAUUGCAAAGCUCAUGGGAAUUUGGUAAAGACACUUAUUUUUACAUAUUCAGAAGCCUAUCUAGUCUAAAAAUACUGGAUAUUAGUUACAACCAGCUUCUUAUCAUCCCACAUGAGGUCUUACUAACAUUGCCUGAGUCAUUACAAGAACUCAACAUCUCUCAUAAUGCAAUAUACUCUUUUCAUUGGUGCACUAUAGACCAUUUGGUCAACCUAACUCAUUUAGACCUGAGUUUCAAUUCCUUGUCGAUUCUAUACAGUAACAUAACUACCAUCAAGAGCAGCAUUAUGUUCCUGAAUCUUAGUUCCAAUCGGAUUACUUCUCUCCAGAAACACUUCUUUACUUCCUACAUAAUGCUGACAGAGCUCAUUUUAAGUGACAAUCUUAUUCAAAUGAUAGAUGAAAACAGUUUUCCCAAAAACCUUCUACUCACCCUAAAGAUUCUGGAUGUUAGUGGAAACCCUUUCAAAUGCACUUGUGAUGCCCACUGGUUCAUUAAUUAUUUGAUAGAAACUGAAACAUUUGUUAAAUAUCUCUCCACCAAUAUGAAGUGCGACUCACCAGAUAGUCUGAGAAGGAAGUCUCUACUCUCCAUGGACCCACAAUCUUGCCAAGAUUUAUACGGUCAUUCGUGUUUUAUUUGCUCAUGUCUCUUGGUUGUCACUUGGAUGUUAAUUACUAUAGUUUGGAAGCUUUUUUCUUGGGAUCUAUGGUACAUUUCACAGGUGGUUGUUGCAUCCAUUAGAUCUUACUCAAAGCUCCCUAUUGACAGUAAUGAAGACUUUGAUGCCUUUGUAGCUUUUAACACAAAAGACCAUGCGGUGAGAGAUUGGGUUUAUUAUGAGCUGAUAACACAACUGGAGGGAACUGAACGAGAUAAAUUUAAAUUGUGUCUAGAAGAGAGGGAUUGGAUAGCUGGGAAAUCUACUAUUGAGAAUCUAUAUGAAGCAAUCUAUAGGAGCAAGAAGUCUGUUUUCAUCCUGACGCAUGAAGGCUUCAACUGCGGUCUUUUACGCCAUGCAUUCUUUAUGUCACAUCAAAGGCUUUUGGAUGAGAAGCGGGAUGUGGUGGUUCUUGUAAUUCUUGACCAGAAUAUAAAGAUGACUAAAUAUUUAUUGACCAGGAAGAGACUAUGUCCAAACAGCUUCUUGAACUGGCCAUAUAACCCUAGAGCCCGUGCUCACUUCUGGUACAGUCUACGUGUCCUGCUUAGGCAAGACAGUCAACAUUUAUAUGUGCCACAUCUCCAAAAACAUAUAGACAGAUGA